AGCGGAAUGUGAUGCCUUACUGUUUGAAGGGCUGAGAAAAACAUUGUGUUAAUCGAAAUCAAUUACCUUUCGUGAAAUUCGCGGAAUUUCCUUUACCAUUGCGAUACCUGGUCCAUGGCGCUGCAACACAAUCCUCCGGUACGCUACAUGGCCGUUGUGUGGGAGGCAUUUUAUCCAGAAUUUUCCCUCUGGUUCCCAUACGCGCCGAUGGUGUCUCGCUUUGUGGAACGCGCCGCCAGAAGCCAACUCUCACGCGUCGAGCUAGCCGACAGUGAUCCGGAUCUCUACGGUCGCCAUGUCAGCCUGGUUGAUUUGAAAGAGUAUAGCCCCACGGGGACUAGGGACGUACGCCGCUCCAUUUACCAGCAAAAGGAUUCGAUCGAAUCGUCACAGUUCCAGAUGCCUUUCACUGGAUGGGUUUGCUUGCCCUAUAACGUGCAGCAGUUCGUCGACCAUGCCUACAAUAAUGGCAAGAAAUCCAUCGAUCUGUCGAAGACCAGCGAGAGGGUGGAAAUUUACAUUUCAUUUCCAUCGCCUUUGCUGUAUCAUACUGCGUCGGGUACGGUAUACCCUUUUCGCCGAGUCGCCGAUUCGUUCCAUUACACGACCACCCUUUGGCCACGCUUAUCGACACCGGCGCAAUCGUCAUCAUCCAUAUCCCCAUCUUCGACGACUACCUCGCUGAGUAAUUAUUCAACCGAGUCGAACGUAGCAGAGCUGCAACAAUCUACGAGGAGCCUGGAGAAACAAGACGCUAGGGGACAACAGUGCCACCAAGCGACGGCCAACAAUAGCCUGCAGCUUCAAGCGCUACAAGAGCAACGUCACGUGUCCGGCUCGGGCUCGGUCGUGAAAACAAUCUCCAAUUUUUUCUUAUAUCGUCAGCAGCAUCAUACGCACGAGCAGCCAACAGCCAAUGUAGGGCAGGUCGAGUUGCCGGCUCCCGAAGCGUUUGGUGCUCCCGUACGUCAGCUCUUCGAAGAUCGGCUGCAUCUGCGCCAUAUGAAGGUACAGGUUAUCAACCUACACGACAUUAAAGAGUUCGAUGCACUUGGUGCCGGAUGGGUGGCGCCACUGGAUGGUCCACAGCCGGGCCCUUCCACGCUGAAUCGCAAUGCCACUUCCGUUUCGUUGCCAUCGCACGCCGCACUGCAGGAUAUGUUCAAUCAGCUUGGCAAAUACAUCAAACCGAUCGACGUGGUGCCGGCAUGGAAGCAACCGUGCCCGGUAUGUCAGUUGCAUAUGGUCGAUGACGGGGAAAAUCCGCCCAAGUCACUGACCCGCUGCCAGCAUGUGGUGCACCUGAUGUGCUUUAUAAAGCUGAUAAAACAAUUCACGGAUAAAAAGACGCUUGUGUCGUACUAUCAUAUCCGGUGUCCAUCGUGCCAUGUCACUUACGGGACAAGAUUGGGCAAUCAGCCGGAAGGUUCGAUGGAAUGGAGCAUCCAGCCGUAUGAGCUUGUCGGACACGACGGUGCACCCACAGUUGUCAUCACCUACAACUUCCAGUCGGCGGUGCAGAGUACUCACCAUCCACGCCCGGGUAAACAGUACUUUGCCGUCGGAUUUCCUCGCCAGUGCUUCCUGCCGUACGACUACCACGGCCGACUGAUACUCUCGUUCCUGAUUGAGGCAUUCCGGCGCCGGCUGCUAUUUACAAUCGACCGGUCGACGACGACCGGUUUCGAGGACGUGGUGCAGUUUUGCGUCGAUCAAAAGACGCGAUCGAAUCAGUUUCCCGAUCCCACCUUUUUCCAGCGAUGCCUGCAGCAGCUCGUCGAUCUCGGCGUUGCAGAUUAGUGGACGUAAGUUUCUGCCUUUUUGUCAAACCGAUACGAUAUUGCGGGGAAUGAUUUGUCGGUGCUGGUUCACCCAAAUUCGGACGGUCACUGACUAUCGUUGAAUUGAUCGAAAAAGAGCCAUUGACACUUGAUGCCAUCGAGUCUAUCGAGAUGCCUGCUGUUCGUUCUGCAAUUAACUCCUCCCACCCCCACCCCUCUGUGAUGGCGUCUCAGGAUCGCUUCUGAAUCUCUAGAUACUCCGAAUCUCUAAAUACUCCCCCAUCAAUUGACUCCCUUAUGUUAUGCGUCUCAAGACAGUUUUAUUUGUCGCUUCCUUAUGUUAACUACAAUCAAGUGAUGUAUACAAGACGCGGUAAAGAAACACGUGAUACGAACUGAGGCAAACUGCCGUCUUCCAGCUACGGGGUCUUAGGGAAAACUUUCUCCGACCCCUACUCGUCACUUCCCACUUUGUGGAAGCCAUGCCGUUGCAAAGUGAUACAAAAGUAUGAUGCAAAUAGUUUGCACUAAAGAACAGCACCGAAAAUGGGCACGCUUUUCGCGAAGCCUUGACUACACACGAACCUACAUAAUGUUGUUGACGGUGCUCUUUGCGACCCGUUGUGGGGUUGGGUGCGGAAUAGCUCUCAAAACCAUGACUGAGGACAUGAUGUGGCCUAGCGCAUUUGUGUACCAUGUAUGAAGUAAUCGAUACUUGUUCAAGUAGCACAUUAUUAUGUUCCUUUGUUAAUAUUUUUCAUCUCGAACUAGUUUCGUUAUUAGAGUUUAAGAUAGAUUUACGUCUAGUUGAUAACCAAUAACCAGUGCCACGUAUUUUAUUGAGAUUUGAGCCUAAAGCACGUUGCUGUCAGCAGCCUCCGGUUUCGGUGCGGUAAAACUUGUUUCCAGAGGGCGCUUUGGACCAUUCGGCAGUAAGCCUCGGAAGCAUUCCGUCAGUUGAUCAGUACUGCCUUCCGAUAAUUCCCAUUUCAUACAAACUAUUUAUUUAAACAUCCAGAUCGGUGUGGAAAGUCUUCCAAGUAUUUCGCUAGCGCUACCAUUCGCAUACUUUUCACUCACGUGCGCGACUGGUGGUGCAAGUAUAUUUUAUGUUAGAACGAGAUUAAUGUUUCCAUUAAUAGUGUUAAGUAUUUUUAACAACCCCUUUUUUGCUGCCUACUAGCCUACGGCCAAUUGUGAUUUGUUUUAGAAUUGUGAUUCGUGCUGGCGAACGGUUUAUGCUUUCGUACGCGCAAGCGUAUCGUCAAUACCAACCAACGUGGAUUCGAGAACUAUGUUCGGAUGGUAGUACAACGUCGUGAAAAUUGAGGAAAUAAAGUCCAAUAGUUAUAGAUGCAAGUAACAUGAGCAGCUGCUAGGGAACGAUAACAAAUCACUCAAAAAUCAACAUUGCAUCCUUAGGCGAUGCGGUGCGAAGUUGUUGUGACUGGGGCUGGGUUGGUGUGAUACUCACCUAAGGCGCGUGAUGAGCGUAUUUUGCGUACGCUCGUACAGGGUAUAUUUCUAAGCGGCCAUCGUCUCGGUCAACGAUUCCCGUAACCGAUCCGUGCAGUAGGAAGUAAGCAAUACAAAUACAACUAUUAAAAA